CCAGCCCCGCCCCGCCCCGCCCGGCCGCCGGCCUCGGCGCGGCCUCGCCCCGCACUCCGCAGCGCAGCCCCGCCGCCGGGCGCUAUGAAGGUGACCGUGGACUUCGAGGAGUGCCUGAAGGACUCGCCGCGCUUCAGGGCAGCUUUAGAAGAAGUAGAAGGAGAUGUGACAGAACUGGAACUGAAACUUGACAAGCUGGUAAAGCUUUGUAUUGCAAUGAUUGAUACUGGGAAAGCUUUCUGUUUGGCCAACAAGCAGUUUAUGAAUGGAAUUCGAGACCUUGCACAAUAUUCCUGUAAAGAUGCACUGGUGGAGGCUAACUUGACAAAGUUCUCUGACACCUUACAGGAAAUGAUCAAUUAUCACAAUAUCCUGUUUGACCAGACGCAAAGAUCAAUUAAGGCACAGCUUCAGACUUUUGUUAAAGAAGAUAUUAAGAAAUUCAAAGAUGCAAAGAAGCAGUUUGAAAAAGUUAGCGAAGAAAAGGAGAACGCUCUAGUGAAAAAUGCCCAAGUUCAAAGAAAUAAACAACAUGAAGUAGAGGAAGCAACCAAUAUUUUGACUGCAACACGGAAAUGUUUUCGGCACAUAGCUCUGGAUUAUGUUCUUCAGAUCAAUGUUCUCCAAUCUAAAAGAAGAUCAGAAAUCUUAAAAUCGAUGUUGUCAUUUAUGUACGCCCAUCUGACCUUUUUCCAUCAAGGCUAUGAUCUUUUCAGCGAGCUUGGGCCCUACAUGAAAGAUCUGGGUGCGCAGCUGGAUCAGUUGGCUGUAGAUGCUGCGAAGGAGAAGAGAGAUAUGGAGCAAAAACACUCCACUAUUCAACAAAAGGCUGCUUUACAGGAUUACUCUGGUGAUGAUACGAAACUAGAAUACAAUGUAGAUGCAGCCAAUGGUAUUGUUAUGGAAGGCUAUCUGUUCAAGCGAGCCAGCAAUGCCUUCAAGACAUGGAACAGGAAAAAGCCAGAUCACAUCAGGCGCUGGUUCUCCAUACAGAAUAACCAACUCGUGUACCAGAAGAAAUUUAAGGAUAAUCCCACGGUAGUUGUUGAAGACUUGCGGCUUUGCACGGUUAAACACUGCGAAGACAUAGAAAGACGUUUUUGUUUUGAGGUGGUUUCUCCAACAAAAAGCUGCAUGCUCCAAGCUGACUCGGAAAAGCUGCGGCAGGCAUGGAUUAAGGCUGUUCAGACCAGUAUUGCUACAGCAUACAGAGAGAAAGGGGACGAAUCUGAGAAACAGGAAAAGAAAUCUUCCCCUUCUACUGGGAGCCUGGAAUCUGGCAGCGAGACAAAAGAGAAGUUGUUAAAGGGAGAAAGCGCUCUACAGCGAGUUCAGUGUAUUCCUGGUAAUGCUGCCUGCUGUGACUGUGGUUUGGCAGAUCCUCGCUGGGCCAGCAUCAACCUUGGAAUCACGCUGUGCAUCGAGUGCUCUGGGAUACACAGGAGCUUAGGAGUCCACUUCUCAAAAGUAAGAUCCCUGACCCUGGAUUCAUGGGAACCUGAACUUCUGAAGCUUAUGUGUGAAUUAGGAAAUGAUGUUAUAAAUAGAAUAUAUGAAGCAAAGUUGGAAAAAGUGGGAGUAAAGAAGCCUCAGCCUGGAAGCCAAAGACAAGAGAAGGAGGCGUACAUCAAAGCAAAGUAUGUGGAAAGAAAAUUUGUAGAAAAGCAGCCUGCAACAGCAUUGUCUCCGCUUGAAUCCAGAACAAAAGUUAUACCUCAAAGUCAGGAAGAGAAAAGGCACAGUGCUCCUGAAAAAUCCCUCUUGGCAGUAGAACAAGGUGCGGCAUCUCCAAGAGCGGUUGCUGUAAGUAGCGACGAGGCGAGGCGGGAGUCUCUGUUCUGUCCUGAUGAACUAGAUUCACUCUUCUCCUACUUUGAUACCUCUUCAAAGCUACGUAGUAUAAGAAGCAGUGACAGUGGGAUCCAGCAGAGUGUUGAUGACAGCAGAGAACACCUUGCCUCUACUAUAUCAGCUAACAGCUUGUAUGAACCAGAAGCAGAAAGGCAAGAAUCUUCUGUGUUCUAUGACUCCAGACAGCUUAAUCCAGGAUUGCAUCUUUAUCAAGCUGCCUUUGAGAAGAAUCUUCCAGAUAUGGCAGAAGCAUUGGCCCAUGGAGCUGAAGUAAAUUGGGUCAAUAUGGAAGAAAACAAAGCAACCCCACUCAUUCAGGCAGUGCGAGGGGGUUCAUUGGUAACUUGUGAAUUCCUGCUGCAGAAUGGUGCCAAUGUGAACAUCAGGGACAUGAAAGGAAGAGGACCCCUACACCAUGCCACAGUUCUAGGACACACAGGGCAAGUGUGUUUAUUCCUAAAACGAGGGGCAAACCAGCACGCUACUGAUGAAGAUGGGAAAGACCCACUGAGUAUAGCUGUAGAGGCCGCCAAUGCAGAUAUUGUAACGUUGUUGCGUUUAGCGAGGAUGAAUGAAGAAAUGCGUGAAUCAGAAGGGCUCUAUGGACAGCCAGGAGAUGAAAUUUAUCAGGACAUUUUUCGUGACUUUUCUCAAAUGGCAUCAAAUAAUCCAGAGAAGUUAAACCGUUUCCAGCAGUCAGAUUCCCAGAAGCCUUAAGCGUCAAGAAGGAAAAGAACCUGCUCCUCAUAGUGCAAGUCGUCUUUAUGUUAACAGAAUGAGUUGUAUGCGUUUUGUUAGUUUGGAUAAAAUGACCACUCUUAAAUGUAGCUGUAGAUUGUGGUAGCGGGGGAAUUGCAUACAGGUUUUUAUGUUGUACAGUACAUAUACCUCAGCAGCUGAAAAAUAAGUUUAUUAAAACUAAAAAAAAAAAGGAAUGCCUGCUAGCUCAGUAUAGAAGUAGUACCUGUUAGCAAGUACCACGUUCAUCUGUGACUCAUAUGUGAAGUUAGCAGAGCACAGCUGUGUGUGUUGCAGAUGGUGGCUGAGGGAUCGGAUCAGUUUCACUCAUCGGUAUCCUCUGCUGUCACCUGUCUCACUAUUGCCAUAAAGAUGCACCUCUGACAACAAGGUCUAGUUUGCAUUUUCUUGGAAUAUUUGGAAGGGAAAUCAGGUAAUGACUUGCUGAAUUGUCCUUCUGCCUGUGGGCCUGUAACUUACAGGAUUCUCUUGUUCCUAUGCUGACACUGGUUAGAGGCAGGCUGUUAAUAACAAGGUGUGGGAGCUUUUCUCUUUUUCAAGCUCGUUGGCAGUGGAAGCUUUAACACCAGGCUGGCCUUUAUGCUGGUGACUGCAGGUCAGUCACAAUAGGUGUAUAUCCCGAAGGACCAAAUUUCUAAGAGUAGUUUAUUUUCUUUUUUAUUUCCCUUUCUAAAAUUAAGACUUGCUAUGAAGGAAGUAACUUUUAAAUGAGCACUUGGAACCUUUCAUGAGGAAAAAUAAAUGUAAUCCUGCUGGACGUUCUGUGGGUUUUGUCACUAUUUUGACAUCUGGACAUGAAAAUGGAGACAUUAAAGUUAAAAAAUGGAAA